AUGAGUAAGGAGUCUACGCUGUCCCUGAUAAACGAUCAGCUCAGUUACCUGAAUGACAUAACCUCAACUCUGACCAACUGCUCGUAUGGAAAAAACGUCCCGAACGAACUGUCCAAAGCGCAUCUUGAUAGAAUAUUUAACAAGGCCGAGUAUGAUGAUGAAUUUGAAAAUAUAGACGGCUUCAAGUUGAUCCAAUUAGGCUGCAAGAUUGCUCGUUUGAUGGAGGGCCCAGUAGAGGAAUUCUUUGAUCAAUUGGAAAGGCUGCCGAAUAACGACUUGAGGUCCUAUUCGCCCAACGGUUUUGAUUCAGACUACAAAUUAGAUCUAGUCGUCGGUCUCGUUAACAGUUUGCUGAAGCUACUUACCAGUGACAUAUUCAUAAACUACACACCAGGACAAACUUACUAUCAGAUAAUUAGCACCAGUACUAACAUCACCAAAUCUCGUUCAGCGGAUAUUCACGAAAUGAAGGCAACCUUGAAGGUUUGCAGGUACAACAAAAGCCUGAUUGUCAAGAAACUUAUUGAGCAAAUCGCCAAAGUGUUCAAGUUUCUGAAGACAUAUGUACUGUCAGUGAAACUGACCCAGUACGAUGACAUCAAUAGUCAGUUGAUGAAUCUGAAAAUUUUGUGUAAUGGCUCAAUCACUAACAAAGUUCUCAAGAUUUUGACUCAUUUGAGUGAGACCUUGGUAUCGGAGAAUGUGCUCAAAAUAAACCAGUUGCUGGAAUGA